AUGUUUUCCGAACCUGAUAUCGAUCUUUCAAUCUCAGUUUUAGAUCGAGAUCUAUAUGAUCAGAGCAAAAGCGCCGAGGAGAGGCCAAAUUCAUUCAAGUCUUCUACUUUUGCCUUCAUUAAAUAUUGCAUUCAGCAUCCACAGGAAAAGUAUGAUAUAAGAUUAACAUCAGACAGACUAGGAUUCAAACAAAGGCGUUUCCAUGAGGUCGUGUCUGUGUUUGAAGCUCUUGGAGUCUGCACCAAAAUUGAUCAAGAUACUUUUCUAUGGAACGGUUUCGAUAACAUCAAACUUGCAAUCGAGCAUAUUGCUACAAAUAGGGGUGUCUUCAAUCCUGAUUACUCGCUUGAUGAAAUUUUUAAUAAACAAGGCAGCAUAUCUGUGCAAAGGAUUGCUGAGGAGUUCAUUUUACUUUUUAUUGCAUUAGAAUUGAGAAAGAUUAACGUAUUUGAAGCUUCUGUAUACUUAUCCCGCAAAAAUGAGCGAGAAAAAACCACUAGGUGCAAAUUAUAUCAGGUCUCAGCAAUACUAGAAAUUGCAAAUAUUGUCAGAAAAACGGAUAGUACUGGUGAAUUUGAAUUGUUACCGGAGUACUUCAUUUCAGCAUCAGAUAGGAUGAAUACAGAUUCUCCGAACCCAUCAGACCUCUAUUCUCUUCUGAAUAGAAAGGAAGCAUUUUGCACUGAUAUCGGAACCGCAGUUAUUAGCUCUAGAUUGAAAGAAUAUUACGCUGACAAUUAUUAG